AUGUUGGCACGGCUGGUUGGCAAUGAUGGCUUUAUGGGCCACAAAGUUGUCAAUCGGUUUGGACGACGACAAGCCUGUCGCUUGUCUGAUGUCUGCCAGAACCGAAAUCCAACUUUAUCUAUCUUGAAAAAAGGGUGGGGAGAAUGUGCGACGCGCCAAGAGCCAAGAAGGGCCAAGAGCGGACGGUCCGUUUUAUUUGGGGGAUUCCUAUGA